GAACAUUAACUAUUACAUUUACAUUUGAAAUGAAUGAUAAUUUGGGACUCUACUUAUGUUUUUAGAUAUAGUCCAGGACUCAUUUUGGGGGGGAACAUAAUGCUAAACUAAUGUUCAGUGUAUCCAUGAAUAGGGAGGAACGUACUGUAUUACUCUGGUAGCCUAACAAUUACUAGCUCUGUAUUUCGAAUGGGUGAAUUUCAUUAUUUGUGUUUCCUCUGGAUAGUGGAAAUUUUAACCAUAUUUAUCCAUAGAUUAAUUCUUUUAGUAACAAAGCUCUUGUAUUAAAAACAAUAAUACUAAUAAUAAAUUAAAUCGAAGAGAAUUAUUACAGUUAAGUGAAGUUAGAAGAUUUCUGACCAAGAAAGAUGCAUCUGUCUUCUAUAUGUACCCUGUAGAUCCGAAUUUGUGUAAAGGAAGUUGUGUCACAAAUUCGUAUCUAGGGGAAUAUGUAGUUGACACAAACACUACAGUCGUUCUCCCUGAAGAAAAAAAAUCUAAAUAAAAGGAUGAAAAGAAGCUUUGGCCAGAAGAUCGUUUUAUAACCGAAAAGAAAUAUUGGGGUAUUUACCUAACCUUCCAUCUCUAGUACUCCUGUGGUAAACUUUAUCACCUCGUUGUAAUAAAAGUCUGAGCUGCUAGGGGUGUCAGAAGUAUUACAUCACUGAAGGAUGGAGGAAAACGCUGUUGCUUUAAUCUGUAUAAUUGCUUAAACUACACUAAGUAUAAAUAAUCCAGCCAAACGCUGCCCUGUUUCCUGAUUUUUAUGAAGGGAUUAUUAGGUGCUUCGAUUUUAAAGACCCAUCCAAGUGUUGCUUUUUUAAUCAUGUUUAUUACAAUGUGGGAGAAGGGAACAGCACUGAGGCUAGUUAAUUUUAUCUUUAAUUGUCCAUAAAGCCCUUUAUUUCGUGUUCAGGGGAAGGGCUCUCUUCCACCCAUGGAGGGAAAAUGGUCAAUCGAAUACCGAAGCUAAAUGUGAUUUAGGAGCCUCGGUACCCCGAAUUAGCUGAUGAAUUUUCUAUCGACCCAGAACAAGUCCUAUUUAUCUCUGCCAGAAACUCAGCGCACAGUCGCUACUCAAACGGCUUCAUAUCACCUACAUUAAGACCGAAAUUUAAACACCAGCCAGAGGGAUCUCAAUGUAUCAUCUGCCAGGGCAUUCAUUUUGAUCCGGAGCGGACUUCCCUCCCCAUCCUCCCCCCAAAAUUACUGAAUAUAAUUUUUUUUUCUGUAACACACAACUAACCCAAGACACACCUACUGAAGGGAGUGGGAUUUUGUUAUCACGAGGGAUUAAGUGGUGACAUUAGGGGUUUAGAGCCUGAGAUGCUAAUCUGGGUAAGUAACAUUGUGCAGGGGCAAGAAAUUUCACCCUGGCUGAAAAUAUGUAAAUAUUGGUGAUUAAAAAAAAAAUCCUACAGGAGUAAGAAUGCCCCUGUGUGAGCAUAUUUCCUUAUCCGGGAAUCGCAGGGAACCUCGCCAUUGGCCGCCGGUGUCACAUGGAUUCCUAACUUUGUUCACUUGACAGUAUGUAGGAGGGUUUUACGAAACAGGAAAACGAGUAGGGGGGGAUAGGAAUAAAUUUUAGUAUUUGUGUGUGUGUGUGUGUGUGUGUGUGUGUGUGUGGUGUGUGCAAUUCAAAGAAAUUAAUGGCCAUGAGUUCGUUUUUGAUCAACUCCAACUAUGUGGAUCCCAAGUUCCCACCCUGCGAAGAAUAUUCUCAGAAUGAUUACCUUCCCAAUCACUCUCCGGGAUAUUACAGCAGCCAAAGGCGAGAGACCAUUUUCCAACAUGAGGCGAUGUACCAGCCACGGUCAGCCUGCAACGAGCCGCCCUACCCAGCUUGUCAGGGCUCCGGCCACCAGCCAGCGGUGUUAUCCCCAAGGGGUCACGUUCAUCCUUCUGCCGGACUUCAGAGCCACCUCUCAGAGGCAAAUCACCACUGUGAGUCGGUCACCCCCAGCCCUCCUCCACCCUCCUGUAGCCAAAACUCUAUGAACCAAAGCCCAUCUCAUUCUUCUUGCAAAGAGCCAGUAGUUUAUCCCUGGAUGAAAAAAGUCCAUGUAAGCACGGUAAACCCCAGUUGCACAGGAGGGGAACCGAAGCGCUCCCGGACAGCUUAUACCAGGCAGCAAGUCCUGGAACUGGAGAAAGAAUUCCACUAUAAUCGCUAUCUCACGCGGAGGCGCAGAGUAGAAAUUGCCCAUUCUCUGUGCCUGUCCGAGCGCCAGAUCAAAAUAUGGUUCCAGAACAGGAGGAUGAAAUGGAAAAAAGAUCAUAAAUUACCCAAUACCAAGAUCAGGUCUAAUUCUUCCAACUCUUCUGCAAGCCUGCAAAUACAAGGAGGGUCUCAGAACCGAGCCAAUGCACCAGCCACCGGCCUAUAACUGUUUCUUGUGUGUGUGCAUGUGUGUGUGUGUGAGAGAGAGAGUGUGUGUGUGUGUAUGUGUAGGAGACACAUAUAAUUUUUUUAUGUUCCAAGGGACAUAACGGGGGCAUACUCUUUAUUUAUAGAAAAGGAGGGAAACUCAGCUACAAAACAAACAAACAACAGAGAUGUGCUUUUGUGCUCUCUCCCAUUAAAAGAAGGCUGUGGAUAGUAGUUUUCAAAUUUGGCUAAGAUGAAUCCUUGUUUCAUCUUUAAUCACGCCAAACUCUGCCCCAUUUGUCAUGUUUACUCUCCCGUACAAAGGAUGGACCUUAUGCUUGCUAUUACCUCGACAACCAGUGUUCACUUUAAUAAAUGAGGCUCAGUUUCUUCAAGAGGAACUGAAUUUUCUUUUCUUUUCUUUUGCUGCCUACCAGCCCCAAAGCGAAAAUUUCUAUUCAGAUCCCCAAGGGCAUAACAGUUCUGGCAACUGUAACACAGCCCUACAGACCGAAAACAAACAAACAAACAACAACAACCCCAACUCCACGCGGUAUGAGGACCGGGGGGACUGAAUAGAUGUUGAAUAUUGUAACUAUCAGGGUCAUACAGAUGGAGAAAGAAGAGAUUGGCACAAUUUAAAACAAACCGAGUGAAAUUUGGGGUGGGGGUGGGGCUGGGAAGGAGACCAACAUAAUGGAGACUUAUGUAAGAAACCCCCUGCCAUUUUUGAGUCCAGCAGGUUAAUUACCUCACUUGUAAAUCUUGGGGGGGGGGGGAAGGGGAAGGGGCAACGUAUUUAGUUUAGAAACUUGAUGAUCAAGUAGUGCCACCUGAAUUUAAACGUUCCUCAAAGGGGGUGUGGGAAGGGAGGGCUCUUUGUAAGAAGGAUGCUUCUCCACUAAGAUUCAGUCCAUUUUUGUACUGAGAAUAUGAAUAAAAAAUGGAAGGUGGGGAUCUCCUUCUUUCUUAAUGGAAAAGGGG